GCUGAUAAAGUUCUGGCUAAAGACGUUGGAGACAUAUCAUUACCAUAUGAUCUAAUGUGGGUGUCAGCCUGGAUUGUGUUCAUUGAAGGAAACUGUAUUCUCUAAGAGUGCUUGGGAAUAGGAGCAGGAGGGUUUUCACAAAGUGACAGUCGCAGAGCACUGGGUCUACCCCCUCCUCCUCUGCACACCUGUAGGCUCCUUUUGUCUGGACUGAAUAUUUAAAUUACAUCUCUACUUUGAAAGUUCCUCUUCCAAACCCCAGGACUACCAGGUUUCAUUGGUUUGUUCAGUUAUAGAUGAUCUGACACCAUGAAGGCAGUUUUCAUCCUCACUUUGCUUGCCACAGUCUGCUACUCCAAGCCCUUCUAUCAAAAAGGUCUCUUUGAUUUUAUGUUAGAAGAUGAUGGUUCUGGUGUAGAAACAAUACCAGUAGAUGAACCAGUUGGACCUACAUGCCCAUUCCGUUGUCAAUGUCACCUUCGUGUUGUGCAGUGUUCUGAUAUUGGUCUAGAACAAGUGCCCAAAAAUAUUCCUGCAGACACAACUUUACUUGACUUACAGAAUAACAAGAUAGCUGAAAUAAAGGAUGGUGAUUUCAAGAAUCUGAAAAACCUUCAUGCAUUGAUCCUGGUUAACAAUAAAAUUAAAUCGAUCAGUCCUGGUGCUUUUGCCCCUCUUACAAAGCUAGAACGACUCUACUUGUCAAAAAAUAACUUGAAGGAUUUACCUACCAAUAUGCCCAAGUCACUUCAGGAGCUGCGUGUCCAUGAAAACAUGAUAACUAAAGUGAAGAAGUCUGUGUUUGAUGGACUGAAUAAUAUGAUUGUGAUUGAACUGGGCACAAAUCCCAUUGAAAGUUCUGGGAUUGAAAAAGGAGCUUUCCAGGGAAUGAAGAAACUGUCCUACCUCCGAAUUGCAGACACCAAUAUUACAAGUGUUCCUAAAGGUUUGCCAGCUUCUCUUACUGAGCUUCACCUUGAUGGAAACAAAAUUGCUAAAGUUGAUUCUGAUAGCCUCAAUGGAUUGAACAAUCUAGCUAAGUUCGGAUUGAGCUAUAACAACAUCAUUAAUGUUGAAAAUGGAUCUGUUGCCAAUGUUCCUCAUUUAAGAGAGCUACACUUGGACCACAACAGCCUUACUCAGGUGCCUGCUGGACUCAAUGAACACAAGUACAUUCAGGUCGUCUAUCUUCACAAUAACAAAAUUGCUGCUGUUUCAACAAAUGACUUUUGUCCUACUGGAUACAAUACAAAGAAGGCUUCGUACACAGGAAUCAGCCUCUUCAGCAAUCCUGUCCAGUACUGGGAAAUUCAACCAGCCACAUUCAGAUGUGUUUAUGAACGCUCUGCUAUUCAGAUCGGAAACUAUAAGUAAACAAGUUGGUUAUUAUUUUCUUAAAUAAAGUCUUUUUUUAUUUUAUUUUUUUCAUGCCCUAGCAACUAGUAAAAAUGCAAAUACUGGAAUCUGUCCCAAAACUUAAUUUGUGCCUAUAUUUCAUGAAAAUAUGGCUUCUUGAAUCGAAAGAGGGUUGCUCGUGAAGAUGUUUAUCAUGUAUUAUCAUGAAUGUAGUCUACCUUCCAUGAAACAUGGGAUUGUAUUAUUGUAAUGUAUUUAGCAGUUUGCUAACAUUGUGUGGUAUACUGAGGACUAUGUAUGUGCUGGUAAGUCAUGAAUGAAAUCUUUGCUUAAGAAGAACAAAUUCAAUUCAAUAGAUGUUAUAUAUAUAUAUAUAUAUAUAUAUAUAUAUAUAUAUAUAUAUAUAUAUAUAUACAUAUAUAUUUCUUUCCUGUAAAGUAUAAGUCCUGAAUGUUAAGAAAUUCUGUAAGCAUAUGUUGUUUUAUCACAGCUGAACUUGUGAGUGCAAAUGUCAAAUGGAGAUAGAAGAUGUGAGCCCGGACUUCAGAGCUCAGCUUUAUAGCUAAAAGGACUCAUAGGCAGGAGGGGCAUGUAUGUAAGCCAUUUCCAAGUCUAUUUAACAGCUUUUGGGAAGCUACUUAUUGAAUGCAUUUUCACUCACUGGUUCAUCGUUUUAAGGCAUUUUACAGAUUAAAUAAAUGCAGUGAAACUGUCCUGGUGACAUGUUUCCUUUAAGAAAAGCCUGAAAUGUAAUUUCUUAUUAUACUUCAAAUAAGUAAAAUGGUCAGUUUUGUACAAACACACAACCUUUAUCAAUUGUCUUUAUGCCACUCAUCUCUUAACCGUUUCUCCUACCGUUUAUGUCUUAUUGAUGUUGCAUUGUCCUAUGGAUGUUUUUUUUUUUUUUUUUUUAAUCAGUAUAUAAAUUGCAACACAAAACCACUGUUAUCCUAUUCAUGCUUAUAUCCGUUAUGUAUCUGUAAUAUUAAAACCAAACAAUUUGUUUAUUUUCCAAAGCAGAAAUUGAAGGUACUUUUCUAUUGUGUACUGAGCAUAUAAGCUUGCUAUUUGUUGGUCUCACUUAAACACUGUAGUCUAGUAGGCAAAUAUUUGGCUUCUUAGUUAAAAUUCAAAUAGAAGUAUAGUAUGUAUCAAAUUAAAUGAGAACUGAUCUUACUAUGCAAAAUUAAACAUGUGCUGGACCACAAACAUUGGUUUCGAAGCACUGCAUGUAAGCUUGGAUUAGAAAUAAGAGAAGUGGAAACUAAAUCUAUAGACUGCCUAGAUGUUUUACUGGUUUGAAGAUUUUAAUGCUCAUCGAUGUUUUAUGAAGUUACAGUAAAUUGCAGAUACACAUAUCUGUCACACAUAUGUGGGCUACAGUACAUACAACAUUUUGACUGGAACUUGUUUGGUUAACUAUGGAACUAUUUGUAAAGUGCAUUAAAAUGUCAAAAAGCUGAAUUAUGUUGAAUUUUAUAACAAAUUUGUGUGAUGUCUUAUUUUGAUUGAUUUAUUAUUCACUAUGUUGUUUGCAACAUAAGAUGUCUAUGU